AUAUAAUAGAAUUAUGUACGUAAAUGAAAAUGAUGAUCUUUGGUUCGAUAUAGAUGAUAGUCAUCCUUUGAAUUAAGAAUAAUGGUGUUAUUCUAUUGUAUUUAAUAAUGAAGGAAACAUAAUGGUAAGUUGUUCAGGGAAAUUUCUUAAAAUUUGGAAAUUUUAAGGAGGAAACCUAAGCUAUGAUAAAAAGAGAUUUAUCUUGAAAGCUCAUCAAUAAGAUAUAAACACAUUAUGCUAUAGUAAAUAGACGAAUAUGUUUGUGUCUGGAGGAGAUGAUUAAACCAUAAAGAUUUGGAGUUUGGGAGCAAAUAAUUAAUUUUCACAAUAAUAAGCACUUUAGACAUAAUCUUGGAUAUUAUCUUCAUUAUUGAAAAAAGAUGACUCUUAAUUAUUUAUUGGAUGUUGGGAUGGUCGAUUAUUAAUUUUCUAAAAAAAUGGAAAUAGUUAUUCAGAAUUCUAAAAUAUUAAUUCUCACAAAGCCUAAAUAUAUAGCAUAAGUUUGAAUAAUUCUUAGAAUACAAUUCUAACAUAAGGUUGGGAUAAGAAAUUAGUUAUAUUUUCUUCAUAAGGAGGAAAUUGGAAGGAAGAGAAAAGUAUUCAACUUGAAAAGAAUGGAUUUAGAGCUAGUUUUAUUGAUAAUGAUCAAUUUAUAUAUUAACCAUUAGAAUCAGCAAGUACAGAACUAUAUUAAGUUUCAUACAAUAAGAAUAUAGAAAAGAAAAAUGUAAAUUUGGAUUUACCAGUCUGUCAGGAUGACAAGGCUUUUUUUGUUAAUUAAUAUAAUGAAUAAAAAGGAUUAUUUUCUAUUAAAAUAAAUAAUAUGGUUUUCGUAAUGAAGAAAGGAAAUGGAGACUAAUAUUAAAAAUUGAAUACUAUAAAUUUUCAAGAUAAUUAAAUAUUUGGAACAUUGAGUCCAAAUUUUGAUUAUUUAGUUGCAUGGAGUAAAAGUGCAAAGUCAUAUAAAAUAGAAAAAAUAUGA